AUGUCAGAUUUUAUUGGUUUAUCAGAUGCAGAUAAUUAUGAUAAUAUUGAAGAAUCAAAUGGAAAUGAAUACGUUAUUGAUGACAGUUUACCGUUAAUUGAAAAAAUUAAAAAAUAUGUUAAAAGUGAAUUAGUUCUUCAUAGAUUAUAUGUUAUUAGAGAAUUUUCUGAUUUAAUUAGAAUUCAAUUUGAACAAGCAAAUGAAAUAUUAAUAACAUUUAUAGAGGAAGCAGUAACAGAUAAUGAACCAGUGAUUAGACAAGCAUUAGUAGAACAAAUUCCAUCAAUUAGUGAAUGUUAUAUUCAAUUUGGUAGAGAGGAUGGUUAUCAAAAAGUAUUGAAAAAUCUAUUACCAAUUGUAGCUCAAUUAACCACUGACAGAAAUCCACAAGUUAGAAUGUCAGCCGUUGAAUCAUUACAAGAUAUGGCUAGAAUCAUUAGACAUGAAGACAUUGAAGUUCAUUUAAUACCUUUUAUUAAAAGUUUAGUUAAUGAUUCAACUGAUGAAGAGCAUAGAGUUCAAGCUGCAAAUCUUUGCCAUAAUUUAGCACCAAUUUUAGGAGAACAAUUAACAAAAUCAAUAAUUUUACCUUUCAUUGUUAAAUUAUCAAAUGAUCUUUCUUUUAGAGUUAGAAAAUCAAUCGCAUUAAAUUUAGGUGGUAUUUGCCAAACUAUUGGUGUUAAAGAUACAACUGAAUUAUUGUUACCAAUUUUCGUUCAAUUAUCAAGAGAUGAAAUGUGGGCUGUUAGAAAGGGUUGUGCUGAAGUAUUAAUUUUCAUUAGUCAAAAUAUUUCUCCAAUUGAAAGAUAUUCAAUACUUAUCCCUGUAUUUGAAGAGUUUGUCGGUGACGAUUCAUCAAGAUGGGUAAAUAAUACAGCAUUUCAAAAUUUAGGACCAUUCAUUGCAACAUUUGAAGGUUCUCAAAUUACCCCAAAAUUAUUAAAUCUCUAUACCAAUAUGAUCAAUCCAUCAACUAUUAGAUUCCCUGAUAGUGAUUUGGUUACUCAUUGUGCUUUUAAUUUCCCUGCUGUAUUAUACACUGUUGGUAGUUCAAGAUGGCCUGAAUUAAAAGAAACUUAUUUAACUUUAGUUAAAGAUACAAAUUGGAAAGUAAGAAGAACUUUAUCUCAUUCAAUUCAUGAGAUUGCAAAGAUUUUAGGACCAGCUGAAACUAAAGCAUCAUUGGUACAAUGUUUCAAUUUAUUCUUACAAGAUUUAGAUGAAGUUAGAGUUGGUGUUGUUAGACAUUUCUCUGGUUUCCUUGCUUCAUUAGAACCUGCUCAAAGAGAAUCUUACAUAUUAAUCAUUCAUAGUUUUGUUAAUGAUCCAAGUAAAUGGAGAUUUAGAAAAUUAAUUUCAAAACAAAUUGGAGAAAUGUGCGACUUAUUUAAUUUAAAGACAAAUUUAACUCAAUUAACACCAAUUUUAAUUACUUUAUUAAAUGACUCUGUUGCAAAGGUUAGAUCAUAUGCCGCUUCUAGCGUUGGUCAUUUAAUUUUAAAGAUUUUAAAUAGUGAAGUUAAUUAUAGCGGUAAUAACAGCAGCAGCAAUGGAACAAAUACAGAUGUAAAUAAUAGUAAUAAUAGUAGCAACAGCAGCAGCAAUGGAACAAAUACAGCUGAAGCAGAAUUAACAUUAGAAGAAAUUAAUCAAUUAAAGAAUUCUACCAUUGAAAGUAUUCAAUGUUUAGGAACUGAUAUUUCAUUUUCAAAUAGACAGGUUUUUACAAAGAUUUGUGGUUAUCUCGUUGAGCAAUUAGAUCCAAUUUACUUUGAACAAACCUUUUUACCAACUCUAUUAAAAUUGGUUCACGAUCCAGUACCAAAUGUUAGAUUAGUUACUGCUGAAAUCUUAUGUAAAAUUCACUCUAAUCAACACUUUGCAAAUAAUCAAGAUGUUGCUUCUGCAAUUGAAGUACUUCAAACUGAUCAAGAUAAUGAUGUUUUAUAUUUCAGUAAAUUAAAUAAUAAUAAUAAUAAUGAUGAUAAUAAUAGUAAUGUUUUAAAUAAUAAUAGUGAUUUUAAUGAUGAUAAUAAUAAUAAUAAUAAUAAUAAUAAUAAUAAUAAUAAUAAUAAUAAUAAUAAUAAUAAUAAUAAUAAUAAUAAUAAUGAAAAUAAUAUAGAAGAUAAUAAUAAUUUUAAUAAUAAUAAUAAUAAUACUGAAGUUUUAACGACAGAAUAA